UCUCGCUCGCGCUCAGAGCGAAACCGUUUUUUUCUAUUUCUGUUUUGUUUCGGUUGUUCCAAGACCGUUUUGUCGUAUUCAGUGAAAAUAAAAGUCUUUUGCGUGUGUAUUGGUAUACAUUACACGCAUAGGCAAGCAAAUCGUUAAACGUUUAAUUGCGAUCGUGAAUUGAGUGUGUGAAGUUGCGAAAUAAUUGUUAUUGUAAAAUGGGAAGAGAUUCGAAUAAAAAUGUGCACCAAUUCUUUAAAUUUAAUUUGGACGAGAACAAAUCAAUUUGUAAUGUUUGUGGUAUUAAAUUGUCCGGUAAUCAUUCCACAAAUUUAAGACGGCACUUAACAACUAAGCAUAUGGACAUUUUCAAUGAGUGGAAUAAUUCUGGAUAUACAAAGUUAACACAAUGCGAAGAAAAACGAAGAAUAUCGUAUCAAACUAGUGAAAAAGCAAUUGUUUCUUCUUUGAUCAAAAUUGUAACCACAGACGGAAAACCAUUCAAAUUUCUAGACAGUGAAGGGUUCAACGAAAUAAUGGAUCCAAUAUAUAAUGCACUUGGCAUGAACUCUGUAACGUCGAGAAAUAUUAUGAAUUUUGUGUCAGUCAAAGAGCAGUUUGUCAAGGAAAAUAUAAGGGCACUUGCAAAGGGAAAGCUGCUGUCGCUGAAAAUCGAUGUUGCGACCUGAAUGGAUAAAGCUAUUCUGGGAAUUAAUUUGCAAAUGAUCCACGCAAGCCUGGCUAAAACCGAGAUUGUUGUGAAGACCUUGGGCAUGAUUGAGCUCGGGGAAUCUCAUACUGGAAUAUAUAUGAAGAAUAAAAUUCUAGAAAUCUUAGAUGAUUAUGACAUAUCACUUGAUCAGAUCUACAGCAUUACGUCUGAUAAUGGGCGAAACAUGAUAAAAGCCGUCCAGGUAUUAAAUGAUGCGACAGAGGAAUCCCUUUAUGAAGAAGACAUAGAAAGUGAGAAUCUUCUGAAUGAACUGGAUUCUAUUGAACUGGCUAAUAUACACCUAGUGAGAUGUGCAGCACACACUCUGCAACUGUGCGUAUUUGAUGUAAAUAGAACAAAGGAGAUCGCCGAUAAAAUAAGUGCCUGUCGCACAUUAUGCAAAUCGCUGCGCACAGAAACAUAUAGACGUGUCUUAAUUGAAAAUGAGAAAAACAUACCAUCGCUCGACGUUGCUACAAGGUGGAAUUCAACGUAUUUAAUGCUAAAGAAAUUAUUGGACUUAAAGGAUUUCCUGGCAACGCAGUCUAAUAUUUGUGUAGAGGCCGAUUGGGAUUGAUCGAGACGUACAUUGACGCUUUCAGUGACACAUACCAGGCAACUUUAAAGCUACAAGACAAAGAUUUAGUUUAUAGUGAGUUCUUCGUAGUAUGGAUGGAACUUAAAUUGAAAUGCGAGAAUAGCUACAAUUUAAUUAAAAAAAAACUAUCGGCACAGAUAAAAAUAAGAGAGACAAAAUUGUUAGAAAAUGAUGCAUUGUUGGCAGCGAUUUACAUGGAUCCUCGGGUAAAUUGUAUGUUGUCGAACUACCAGAAAUCGUUAGCAAAGGCAAAUUUGAAAAAAACAGCUUUUCGUUUAUAUGAGUUGAAAGAAGUAAGCUGUAUGUCGUAGAAUGUUUGAAAUUUGGGUCCUGUUUUGUUUAUGUUGUAGUUUUGAGAAACUAAUUAAAAUUGUCUUCGUCAAAAACUAAUACUUGUACUAAACUAAAAUCCAAAAACAUUUUAUACUUAUUAUCGCUUUAUUAUUUAAGGCACAAACACGAAAUGUUCCAGCGCUCGAGACUCCUGUGCAUGAAGAGAUGUUUGCUUCCCCUGUCUCGUCAGUGCUUUCAACCGCAUCCUCAUCUGAAGAGAAGUCGCUGUUCUCGGCAUUUUUGGACGAUUUGCAGACAGUUUCAGAAAGCAAAAAAGAUCCUGUUUCUACAAAACUUGCCAAAAUUUAUGCUGACAUCGAAAACUUCGACGUAACAUUCGGUCACCUGCCAUUAAUUUCAAAUAUAUUGGA